GCGGCGGCCGGCAGAGCCCCCGAGGAGCUGGCCGGCGCAGCGCCGCCAAGCGGGGGCGGGCACGGGGGCGGUCGCGGGGUUCGCCCUGGCCCCUAGCCCGGUCCGCUCCCGCCCCCGAGCAGCUGUCAAUCAGCGGGGCGAGCCGCCGGAUUGGCGGAGGCGAGGCGGUUGCCCGGGAGCCGCCGUCCCGCCCCCGCGCCGCCCCCGCGCCCGCCCCCCGCACGCCCCGGCCUCCCCAGGGCCCCGGGCGGGGGCGCAGCGUGGGAACGGGAUGGCUGAGUUUUAACGGGAGGCGGCGCGCGAGCGGAGCAGUGUGCGCGGAGCCCGAGCCGCCGGCGGCCGCGGAGAGACGCCGCCGCCGCUGUGAACGCCUCCCCGCCCGCCGCGCCCCGCGCCCCGGAGCCCCGCGCCGCCAGCAUGAAGCGAGCGCACCCCGAGUACAGCUCCUCGGACAGCGAGCUGGACGAGCCGGUGGAGGUGGAGAAGGAGAGCGCGGAUGAGAGCGGCGAUUCCUGUUUGUUUUUUACGAUCGUCCAGAAACUUGAGUUCGGCCCUAGGCUGCAUGUCCCCGGCUACGUCUUCGCAGAUCCUGGCCAGGAAAAGACGGAGAGGCAUCAUCGAGAAACGCCGGCGGGACCGGAUCAAUAACAGUUUGUCCGAGCUGAGGAGGCUGGUGCCCAGCGCCUUUGAGAAGCAGGGCUCUGCGAAGCUGGAAAAAGCCGAGAUCUUGCAGAUGACGGUGGACCACCUGAAGAUGCUGCACACCGCGGGCGGGAAAGGCUACUUCGACGCGCACGCCCUGGCCAUGGACUACCGGAGUUUGGGGUUCCGGGAGUGCCUGGCGGAGGUCGCCCGCUACCUGAGCAUCAUCGAAGGGCUGGACGCCUCGGACCCGCUGCGAGUGCGGCUGGUGUCGCACCUGAACAACUACGCCUCCCAGCGGGAAGCGGCGAGCGGCGCGCACGCGGGCCUCGCGCACCUGCCCUGGGCGAGCGCCUUCGGACACCCCGCGCACGGGGCGCCCCCGCUGCUGCUGCCGCCGCCCCAGAGCGGCCACGGGACCGGCGGCUCGGCGGCCGCCUCGCCCACGGACCCGCACCCCCAGGGCCGCCUGGCCGCGGCGCACCCCGAGGCGCCCGCCCUGCGAGCGCCCCCUGGCGGCGGCCUCGGAGCGGUGCUCCCCGUGGUCACCUCCGCCUCCAAACUGUCGCCGCCCCUGCUCUCCUCCGUGGCCUCCCUCUCCGCCGCCUUCCCCUUCUCUUUCGGCUCCUUCCACCUGCUCUCCCCCGGCGCGCUGAGCCCCUCGGCUCCCACGCAGGCGGCAAACCUGGGCAAGCCCUACAGACCGUGGGGGAUGGAGAUCGGAGCCUUCUAAAGAACUGAUGCUGUGGCAGGAGGGGGGGCAGCUUGCAAUCCCAGCUGAGCUGGGGUUGCCCGCAUCACCUUAAAGUUCGUCAGGUAUAAUAAAGAGGAAAAAGGUACAAUUCCAGAUAAGUUCUGUUGAAAGACGAAAGGUUUGUUGUUUUUACUUUUUCUUUCUUAAUGUUUUUUUUUUAAAUCAUGACAUGUAUUAGCAGUUUUUAAAUUUUUUCCCAAACAUUAAAUGGAAACCGUGUACACCAACACUUGCCGAUAGGUUUGUGCAGUGCCUCAUUUACUUUGUAAACCUA